ACAUCAGCCCAGGAGGAGGGCACAAUAGACAGCCAGCCAGUGCCCAAUAUUGACCAUUUACUCCCGAACAUCGGACGGACUGGGCUGUCCCCUGGCGAGAUAUCAGAUUCCGCUACUAGUGACUCAGCAAAAUCUAAGGGUUCUUGGGGAUCCGGAAAAGAUCAGUAUAGUCGGGAGCUGCUAGUAUCCUCCAUCUUUGCAGCUGCCAGUCGAAAACGCAGGAAACAAAAAGAUAAGCCCCAUCCAAGCAGUUCAGAGGAUGAGGUGGAUAGCGUUUUUUAUAAAAAGGAUCUCUCCCCAGUGGAACUUCGGAAGCCUGAGAGCAGAAAAGGAGAAACUAAAAAAGAGGGAAACAUCCCUCGAAAACCUAAAGCACUGACAUUAAAGGACACAGAUGCAAGUCUGUAUACAGAAGAUAAACUUAGGAAGGACAGUACGCCUUCUGACGAGAUCCCUCCUUGUCCUCCAAAACCCCCCAAAUCUCCAAAUCCGAUGCAAAGACUCACUGUACCAUCCGAUGACACAAAGAUGUUUCCUUCCCAA